AUGGGCUCUGCUAGGGUUUUCCACCCUAGGAGAGUGGAGCCGCCGGAUAGGUGGCGUUGGGGCAGCCGGUGGUGGCCAGAGCUCUGUCGCCAUUCACGGCAGUCCAAUGAAUGGCGGCUUCCUAUGCAGAACAACAAUCACCAGCGGAGGCCCUGUGGCACGAACUUGGAGCAAGGAAGAUACUGGAGUGAAAGUUUUCAUGGACGAAGAACCUAUAGGGAUGUGUUAUUGGCAGAGCGCAGUUGCGAGACUAGAAGAAACAAUGAACGAGUUCAGCAAAGGCAGAUCUCACCGGCGCAUAUCCAAGGGGAAGGCUCCAAAUCUGCUUCACUACGGUACCAGUUUCGACGUUCCCAAAGCCAAGGAAAUAACCAGCAGCGUUUAAAUCUGCUACCAGGAUCCUUUUCAAUUUUUGUUGAUGGAUUGGGAGAUAGGAUUACUCAUGCAAAAUUGAGAGCAAUAUUUGCGAAAGCAGGAAGAUUACGUGAGGUUUUUAUUCAGCAAAAAAAGAAACCCCAUCGUCGCUUUCGAUUCGGAUUUGUCCGUUUUACUUGUGAUGAUGAAGCCAGAGCAGCAAUACGUAAGUUCAAUGGACUGAGACUUGAAGGAAACUAUUUGGUAGUUCAAAAAGCGAGAUUCCAAAGAACUUUUCAAACUGAUAGAGUUCCGCCGCCAGGGAAGCAUCAAUAUGAAAUUCGUGGCUAG